CGUCUUAUCAGAGUAGUGUGAAUUUUCCAUUAUUCUGGCAUGUGCACCGAGCCUCCGAUAACAUGCCAAGUGUCAUACGCUUCGUGUGAUAUACGCUGUACCUAUAGUUUGUAGAAUAUAAGUGUCAGUGGUGGAGGGCGUUUUCGUUUCGGUUAGUGGCUGCUACGGAUAACGUUCGAUCGGUUUCGACCACCGCCCCUUCACCUCUCAGCGCUUGUUGCAAUUUAAUAGACAGGUAAUUAAUGAGCCUCGAACGAGCAGUUGCAGCGGCCACUCCAGAUGCAACCGUUUGAGAUGCUCCACAAGAUGACCGAUUCAAAAUAUUUUACCACCACGAAGAAAGGAGAGAUAUUUGAACUUAAAUCCGAAUUGAACAAUGAAAAGAAAGAAAAGAAGAAGGAAGCUGUAAAGAAGGUUAUUGCUUCCAUGACAGUGGGGAAAGAUGUAUCAGCAUUGUUUCCUGAUGUGGUAAAUUGUAUGCAGACUGACAAUUUGGAACUGAAAAAGCUGGUGUACUUGUACCUGAUGAACUAUGCUAAGAGCCAACCGGACAUGGCUAUCAUGGCAGUCAACACGUUUGUUAAGGAGCUAGCGACAUCUCCGAUAACAAAGGACUGCGAAGAUCCAAAUCCGCUGAUUCGCGCGCUAGCAGUUCGUACUAUGGGCUGUAUACGCGUCGACAAGAUAACUGAAUAUCUGUGCGAGCCGUUGCGAAAAUGUCUGAAGGACGAGGACCCCUAUGUUCGCAAGACGGCAGCUGUAUGCGUCGCCAAGCUUUAUGACAUUAAUGCUGCUUUAGUCGAGGAUCAAGGAUUUCUGGAUCAAUUAAAGGAUCUCCUGUCUGAUAGCAAUCCUAUGGUUGUCGCAAACGCGGUAGCUGCAUUGUCCGAGAUCAACGAAGCCAGUCCAAGUGGCCAACCGUUGGUGGAAAUGAACGCACAGACCAUUAACAAAUUACUGACAGCGCUCAACGAAUGCACCGAAUGGGGCCAAGUUUUCAUCUUGGAUUCACUAGCGAACUACUCGCCCAAGGACGAUCGUGAGGCGCAAAGUAUCUGUGAAAGGAUCACUCCACGUUUGGCACAUGCUAACGCUGCGGUCGUACUUUCCGCUGUCAAAGUAUUAAUGAAACUUAUGGAAAUGCUGCAGUCCGAGUCAGAUUUUGUGGGUACGCUUACAAAGAAAUUGGCACCGCCUCUCGUCACAUUAUUAAGUUCUGAGCCAGAAGUGCAAUAUGUCGCGUUGAGAAAUAUCAAUCUCAUCGUGCAGAAACGUCCUGAUAUUCUAAAGCACGAGAUGAAAGUAUUCUUCGUCAAAUACAACGAUCCCAUAUAUGUGAAACUGGAAAAACUGGACAUCAUGAUUCGCUUAGCUUCGCAAGCUAACAUCGCGCAGGUUCUGUCGGAAUUGAAGGAGUAUGCCACGGAGGUCGACGUGGACUUCGUGAGGAAAGCUGUGAGAGCCAUCGGCCGCUGCGCCAUCAAAGUGGAACCGUCCGCGGAGCGUUGCGUCUCUACGUUAUUAGAUCUGAUACAAACCAAGGUUAACUAUGUCGUUCAAGAGGCAAUCGUAGUAAUAAAAGACAUAUUCCGUAAAUAUCCCAAUAAGUAUGAGAGCAUAAUAUCAACAUUAUGCGAGAAUCUUGAUACGCUUGAUGAACCCGAGGCACGCGCUUCUAUGAUCUGGAUCAUCGGGGAAUAUGCCGAGCGCAUCGAUAACGCAGACGAGUUAUUGGAGAGUUUCUUAGAAGGAUUCCACGACGAGAACACGCAGGUACAGCUGCAGCUGCUCACGGCGAUCGUGAAGCUGUUUCUCAAGAGGCCCACGGACACGCAAGAGUUGGUGCAGCAAGUGCUGAGCCUAGCUACGCAAGAUUCCGACAAUCCAGAUCUGCGAGACCGCGGAUUCAUUUACUGGCGGCUGCUUAGUACCGAUCCGGCGGCAGCUAAAGAAGUCGUGCUCGCCGAGAAACCGCUAAUUUCGGAAGAGACGGAUCUGCUAGAGCCGACGUUGUUGGACGAGCUGAUCUGCCACAUCUCGAGUUUAGCGUCCGUGUAUCAUAAACCUCCUACAGCUUUUGUGGAAGGCAGAGCCGCGGGUGCUAGAAAAUCGUUGCCGGCUAGGAGUAAUUCGAACGAGGACUCUGGCCAACGUGCCGCACAACCACACGCACAGGUUAUACCUGCUCAGGACUCCUUGAUAGGCGAUCUUCUUAGCAUGGAUAUCGGUGGACCGACGAUAGUUCAACCGGCUCCCGUUCCUCAGUCUGCAGGAUUAGGAUUGGACCUUUUGGGCGGUGGUUUAGAUGGAAUUUUGAGUAAUACUGACAACACAAGCGCGGCACCAGUUGUUUCCCAGAGCACAACAGGUCUGCUCGGUGACAUAUUCGGUUUCAAUCAAGGUCCUACGGCUUAUAUACCUCCCAAAGUUAACUGGCUACCAGCGGAGAAGGGCAAAGGCUUUGAUAUUUGGGGCACAUUCACGAGAAAGAAUGGACAAAUCAGCAUGGACCUGACAUUCACGAAUAAAGCAAUGCAGCCUAUGGGUGGAUUCGCGAUACAACUUAACAAAAAUAGCUUCGGACUAACGCCAGCGCUCCCAUUACAAGUACCAGCUCCUCUGAGUCCUGGCGCUAGCAUAGAAACAAACAUUAUAUUAUCCACCGCGGGUGCAGUGCAACGCAUGGAACCAUUAAAUAAUCUUCAAGUCGCUAUUAAGAACAACAUUGACGUGUUCUAUUUCGCCUGCAUUGUGCCCAUGAAUGUGUACUUCACCGAAGAUGGACAAUUGGAUAAGAGAGUGUUUCUUUCAACCUGGAAGGAUAUACCCGCACAGAACGAGGUGCAAUAUACGUUAAACGGAGUAAUGCUGACCGCUGAUCAAGUUGUACAAAAGAUGCAACAGAAUAACGUCUUUACAAUCGCUAAGAGGAAUGUAGAAGGGCAAGAUAUGCUCUAUCAAUCGCUUAAACUAACAAACAACGUUUGGGUGCUUAAUGAGUUAAAAAUCCAGCCGGGUAAUCCUGACGUCACAUUAUCCUUGAAAUCUCGUUCUGUAGAAGUCGCUCCUGGGGUAUUCCAAGCAUACAAUGCGAUCUUGCAUUCUUAAGUUUAUUUUUCCAAUGAUUAGGAUACGUUGCUAUGAAACGUGGAUUAUAAAA